UCAAGGAAAAGCAAAGUCCAUUCGAUUGCCUUUUCCAAAAGCAUCUAGGGGUGCCCUUCAGAAGAAGCUGAGAAAGUCGUUCAUGCGAUUCUUACUUGCCAAUUAGGUUUCUCCCACCCACCCCCAAGGCAAUUUUUCCUAAAGGAAAACAACCAUGGAUUUUUUAAAAAUCUCCUGCCUUGUUUUUUUCUCUCCAUCUUCUGCUCUUUUAGUGGUUAAAAAAAAAAAAAAAAUCUGAGAAAAAACAGUGGUGGGAUGAUGGUGCUGACAGCCUGGAAAGGGAACCACAAUCAGAAAGGAAUUUAAAAAGCCUUGGGGGCAUGGGAAGGCAGGUUUGAAACUGUUUUCUACCAUCUGUUCCUUGCCCUGCAAAUCUUCUCUCUUUUCCUGCAGGCUUCCCCCCCACCCCCCACCCCAAUGCAGUAAAAAUGAGUGCUACAAAGAACCGCAAGCCAUAAAAGAGGGUUUAAAGCCACCUUCCCUAAUCCAGAGUUCUUGUCAGACCUGGGCCCCAAACUUGGUCUCUUAUGAAAGAAACACUCUCGGCUCCAUUUGUAGUGAAAAAGGUACUUUUACUUGUAGGAAGUUAGCACCCACCCCUCUCCUAGAAGAAUGAAAUAUUUUAGGAAGUAUUAAAAAGGCAGAAUAUAUUUCCCUGGAUGAGAAAUGGAGAAACAUGUUUUAAAGACAAAGCAGCUCCCACCUUCCUGCCUCCCCUCCCCCACUUUUGUCAAUGGGCCAUCAUCUGCAAUACAAUAGAACCCAUCUAGCAACAGAAAUUCCCCACGUGGCACCUGGGGAGAUUACAUCAGCCAGCAGAGCUAGCUAAGCCCCCCACCCCUUGGGAGUCCGACAGCCAAUUAGGAUACUCUUCCUGUGCCCCAGGAAGUUCAAAGCCAGAGAGGGUAUAAAACCCAGGGACUCUCAGCAUCUCUGCCCUUUUCUGCUCAGGAACUCAAACCACGUGAUCCUGUCCACCAUUAAACUGUCUUUCCAAGCAGUCUCCAUGUUUCCAGUAUCUUUUUCCCUACUUGGAACUGAACCCAGAAGGAUAGUUCUUCCAACAUACUAAAAGCCAGCUGAUUACAAAGCCAGAACUAAGAGUUUGACUGCCACAGAGCCUCGGUGGUGCAGUGGACUAAAGUGCUGUUAAGUGCUAGCACUUAACUGCCAGCUGCCUGCAAUUAGUGCAGGUUCGAAUCUCAGCAGGCUCAAGGUUGACUCAGCCUUCCAUCCUUUCGAGUUCAGAUUGUCCAGCCAGCAACUAAGAUGGCAUCGUGUCACCUGUGGGGGCCAAAGCCCUUCGCAAACCAAGGGGAAAGAAACUCUCGUAUUCUCCGUGGGGAAACUGCAAAAAACAUCCUGACAGGGGCAGCUCUACUGCAAAACAAACAGGGACUGGACAUAGGCCUGCAAGAGAGCCAGAAAACUCAACAGCAGAAAGGAUUGGCGAUGGUGCCUUCUCUUUAUUCUGUUUGGAGACCAUCAAGGUUGUUUGAGUCGGUCUCUGAGGAGGACAUGAUGGCGUUCAAGGCUUCCUAUCGGAUGAUGAAACAGCCCAACCAGUUGUCCAAGGAAGGGCGUCCAAUGGGGAGGCCCAUCGUGCAGGGCAUCAGCAGGGAACCACAGAAAGCCCCUGAGAACUUGACAAGAUCGGGGCCUUUGAAAGAGCAGACCUUGACUGAAGUUGACCCUGACAGCUUGGAGAUAAAACGCCAACAUUUCAGGCAUUUCUGCUACCAGGAAAUCGAGGGCCCUCGAGCGGUCUUGAACGAACUCCAGGAGCUUUGUCGCCAGUGGCUUCUGCCGGAGAGGCGCACCAAGGAACAAAUUGUGGAUCUGGUGAUCCUGGAGCAGUUCCUGACCAUCUUGCCACUAGAGAUGCAGAUCUGGGUCUGUAAGAGUGGUCCGGCUACAUGUUCUCAGGCCUUGGCCCUAGCAGAAAAGUUCCUCCUUCGAUUGCAAGAAACAGAGUCUUGUAAACAAAAGGUGACUGGACUUCUAGAGGAGGAAUUGGUGAAUUCCCCCACAUCUGAACGUGGUCCCUCAGAUACUGUGGAAAGCUGUAUCUCCAUAGAUGAGGAGGAAGAUGAAGCCAUCUUGGGUAGGACUGAAGAACCUAAGGAGUCUGCACAGGACAACCAGAAGCAAAACACUCUUCUGCUGGGAAUAUCAGAGCCAAUGGAAUGGGGCAUCCCCUUAGAAAAAAUCACAGGAAAGUUGAUAUCCAAUCCUGAGUCAGAAGAGAUUCACAGGAGCCACCAGGUGCACUAUCCAGGGAAAAAUUUAAAACAGGCUCGCUGUUUGGGUGAAAGUGAGAGGAGCUGUCAAGAGGCACCCGUCAAUCAGAAGAAGAAGAAGAAGACAACAACUAAGGCCGUGGCUGAAAAUGGCCUCUGUCCAAGCGUGGGUUUCUUUAAGAAUCGGAAGGUACAGACUGAGAAAGUGCAGCGAUGCAGCCCUUGUGAGGAACGGUUGUCUAAAAAGUCAAGCUCAGGGACACAGGAGAAAGCCGGUGCUGGAGAGCAGCCAUCGAAAGGCUGGCUGCGUGAGAGUGACUUGCCCAAGCGUAGCGCCGCCCUAAGACGGGACGAAGAAGGACCCGAAAACCAAGAGAUGGUCUGCAAGUGUAAGGCUAAGAGGAAAAGCCCUGAGAGCAGACGUUUGCCUCAGCCCAGCUCUGCUCACUUGGGAGCGCUGCCGAAGGGAGAAAAGCCGGCCAAAAGCACCGCCUGCCGGAAGAGGCUCUCCUGGGAAUCUCCUUUUCCGAGUGUUGACAAAACUGAUCCGGGAGGAAAACCGCACCAGUGCUUUGAAUGUGGCAAGAGUUUUAGCCAGAAAGGCAACCUCAACAUCCACAAGAAAUCCCACACGGGGGAGAAGCCGUACCCCUGCUUGGAGUGUGGGAAGCGCUUCGUGACGAACUCUCGGCUGCUGACCCACAAGCGGGUGCACACGGGCGAGAAGCCGUACAACUGUUCGUACUGCGGCAACAACUUCAGCCAGCUGGCGCACCUGGUUCAGCACCAGCGGAGGCACACCGGGGAGAAGCCGUACAGCUGCCCCUACUGUGGGAAGAGCUUCAGCGUCAAAGCCAACCUGAUCACGCACCAGCGCACUCACACAGGGGAGAAGCCGUACGAGUGCUCCGAGUGCCCCAAAAGUUUCGUUUCCAGCUCUGAUCUUAAAAAACAUAAAAAGGUGCACACUGUAUAGGUGUGUCCAUGAGUAGACCUAAGAAUGAUCACCCUCGUUCUCCCCUUUAUAGUAGGUGGAGACCUCCUUGAGUAUUUUUAGUGCACUGUGAGGAUUAAAAUAAAGGCUCCUUUUUAAAAAAAAAAAA